AUGCCUUCCGAGUGCCAGAAGAUCUCACAGUUUAGCGAAAGAUCGAAAGAGCAGCAACAUACGAUGACGACAAACAAGUUUCUGGCAGCUCUAAUGGCACUCUGUGCCAUAGCUCUCUCCGCUGAGGCCCUGAACAUUGAGCCGCGCAGCAGUUGGGGUGCAGUGGCUGCCCGUUCGCCUGCCAGGAUAAGUGGCGCCGUUGAUUAUGUGAUCAUACAUCAUUCGGACAAUCCCAAUGGCUGCAGCACUUCAGAUCAGUGCCAGCGAAUGAUCAAGGCCAUACAGACGGACCACAAGGGCAGGCGAAGCUUCAGCGACAUUGGCUACAACUUCAUUGUCGCCGGCGAUGGGAAGGUGUACGAGGGACGAGGCUUUGGCCUGCAGGGCUCCCAUGCCCCCAACUAUAAUCGCAACAGCAUUGGCAUUGUGUUUAUUGGAAACUUUGAGAGCACCAAGCCAUCCUCGCAGAUGCUGCAGAAUGCCAAGGAUCUGAUUGACAAGGCCAAGCAGGGGGGAUACCUAAAGAACACCUACACGCUGCUGGGACAUCGCCAGACCAAAGCCACCGCCUGCCCGGGCACGGCGCUCUUCAAUGAGAUCAAGACAUGGCCCAACUGGAGGAGCAUUUAAGAGGGGACUCUCAUUAGUUCUUUAUUAGUUUUAAGUUUUCUGCUAGAAUACAUUUUGUACAAAGAGAA